AUCAGAACAUCUCAAAAAUGAGUUGGAUGUCGCCUCGAUCUUAUCGCCUUCUCGGAAUCUAUGAAUUACCUGAUGGGGAAGCUUGAGGAGAAGUAUGGCGAGAUACUGACAAGCACCGACUUUUUCCAAACCCUUCUCCGCGUCCCGGUAUUCGGAGCGGCCUUCCGAAGAUAAGCAUCUGGCAUAUCGUUGCCACUCCCACCAAUUUCGAUACCUUAUCGUAGUUUUUGGCGCCUGUUCCAGCUCAUAAUUGUCUUUUCGUGUGCAUGAAUAACAUCGAUAUCCUUUCUACAGCCUACAAGGAUGUAUGGCUGAAUACUACAUAUUUCACUCUUUUCUCUCUGAUUGUGGCAUGAGUUGAGCUCUAUCAAUCCGAAUUCAGCUACUCUUCCACAUCCCAUCGACAAAACCAACUAUGGCGGACAUGAUGGAUACAAAAGUGUUCGACGAAGGAACUGCUGAUGAUGUCGCGCUCGAGAAACUUGGUUACCAGCAAGAGUUGAAGCGGACAUUCAAUCUUGUCAGCAUGAUUGGAUUUUGUUUCUCGAUCGUUUCUAGCUGGACCGCCUUGUCUGGUGUACUCAUCAUCGGAGCCGAGAGUGGCGGCCCUCCAGUCAUGAUCUGGUCAUGGGUAGGAGUCUGCAUAUUUACCAUGGCAGUAGCACUAUCAAUGGCCGAGAUGUGUUCGGCCUACCCUCUAGCAGGGGGCCAAUACUCGUGGGCUGCCAUCCUAGCACCUCGGAGCUGGUCUAGAGGACUAUCCUAUGUCUGUGGAUGGUUCAUGUUGAUCGGCAUCAUCGCUAUGGGUGCUGUAGUCAAUUUCAUCGCUUCUGGAUUCAUCCUUGCGAUUGCUGUUCUCAACAACCCCGACUAUGAGAUAACUCGCUGGCACUCGACGUUAGUAGCAUAUGCAGUGGCUAUCGCUGCUUUGUCGCUGAACGUCUUGUGCCCACAGAUGUUGCACAAGAUGACCAAUUUCUUCCUUAUCUGGAAUAUGGGAUCGUUCUUGAUCAUCUUUAUUACCAUUCUCGCAACCAACGACCACAAGCAAACUCCCAGCUUUGUGUUCUCCGAGUUUCAAAAUCUCACUGGCUUUAAUAAGCCUUACGCGGCAAUUUUGGGUCUGCUUCAGUCAGCCUUUGGUAUGUGCUGUUAUGAUGCACCUGCACACAUGACUGAGGAGAUCAACGAUGCGAGAAAGGUCGCCCCUAAAGCAAUCAUCCUAUCCGUCUCGCUAGGAGCGAUCACCGGUUUCGCUUUCCUCAUCGCUGCGUGCUUCUGCAUGGGAUCAAUCGAAGGCGUGGCUGAAAGUGCAACCGGAGACCCCAUCGUUCAGAUCUUCUACGAUUCGACGCAGUCAAUUGCCGGUACUUCUUGUUUGACCUUCCUGAUGGUUAUGAUUCAGUUCUUCUCCGCUAUAUCUCUAUUGGCUGAAGGUGGUCGCGCAGUGUAUGCAUUCGCUAGAGAUCGAGGCCUACCCUUCUCCAACACCCUUAGCAAAGUUCACCCAACAAAGCAGGUUCCCAUCUACGGUAUCCUCUUGACUUUUGUGGUGCAAAUUGCUCUCAACUCAAUCUAUUUCGGUACUGUGACCGGUUUCAACACCGUCGUUUCGAUCGCUACGGAAGGCUUCUACGUCUCGUAUGCCAUCCCUAUCCUUCUCCGUGUUAUCGCACCUCUCACGGCAUCGACCGCCGCCGCAAAGCUCGAAGGCCCAUGGAGUCUCGGCCGCUGGAGCAUGCCAAUCAACGUGAUGGCACUGGUGUACCUCCUGUUCACAUCCAUCACAUUUAAUUUCCCCACUGUCAAUCCAGUCGACUCAGAAAAUAUGAACUACACAUCGGCAGCUGUGGGUGUAGUAAUGGUUGUGGCACUGAUUACAUGGUUUACAACAGCCAAGGGUCAAUUCAGGGGGCCAGGUCUGAGUGAAGAGGUAGUCAUCAAUAGUGCACCGCACAGAGAAGUUGAGGAAGAAGCAGAGACAAUGGAACACGAGAAAGACGCUAAGCGCAGUUACUAGAUUACUCUGCUGCAGCGAGCUUCUCCAUGUGCUCGAAGUAUGUAACACUUGUAGCCGUCGGGAUAUAUAACAAGCCCAAGACUUCCAGCGAUACCAACGAGGUGCAUCUCUAAACCGCCA